GGAGGUACAAUAGCAUUCUUUGUUCUGGCCAAAUCCAUAUAAAAAGCUUGACAACUGAUUGCACAAUACCGAUUGUACUCUCAUUGUUAAAAUGUCAGUCUCUGCCAUUGCUGGUGUCACGAUUUUGAUUGUAAUUCAGUUUUUAAAUGUGAAGGGUUGUGCACCUGAGGGAAGUUCAUGUUUAUUCAAUACUGACUGUUGCCGUGGAGUGUGCACGUGGCUUUUCUUCUGUAAGAACAAGACUGGCGAUUCUACCGUACCACCAAUAAGCCCGCCUCCAACUGUAGGGCCAAUGGAAACGAACUACACAACACCAUCAAUAAAGUCAACGGAAUUUGUGGACUCCUUAACUCCAUCCACAACAGAGUCGACGGAUUAUUGGGAUUGCACAACUCCAUCCACAACACAAUCAACAGAAUAUUUUGAUUACACAACUCCAUCCACAACAGAAUCAAUUGAUUAUUGGGAUUACACAACUCCAUCCACAAUAGAAUCGACUGAUUAUUGGGAUUACACAACUCCACCCACAACAGAGUCCACGACUUCCACUCCUCUAUAUCCGACUGAACCUUGGAACGGGAAAUGUCGCAUCCCAGGCAGCAUAUGCUUUUUCGACUUCGAAUGCUGCAGCGGAGGUUGUUCUUUGCGUGACAUAGGGGGUGGCUCUUCGUUCGUGUGCGAUAUCAGCCACACCACAGCUGGAUCAACACCCACUCAGGUUUCCACGACGGAGUACUCCACUUCCUCAACCAUGACUCCAGCAACUCCACCACGUUCACCAACUACACCUCGGUUACUAACUAGACCACCUUCAUCAACGCCACCACCUUCAGGAAGUCCCCAGCUUACUUCAACUUCGUACACAUCGCAGUCGACCUCGGGCUUUUCGACACAUCCAACUUUAUUUACAACGGAUUUGAAUGACUACUCCACUAUGCCUUCAUUAGAAACCGCUCCACCAACUCCAUCACGUCCACCAACUCCACCACGUCCGCGAACUCCACUGACUCCAUCACUUCCUCCAACUCAAUCAACGUUAUCCACAACAGAGGCAAAUCCUUACCGUACUGUGUCUUCAACUGAAACUCCUCAACCACUUCCGAUAACACCAUCGGAGGACAAAUGCCGCAUUCCAGGAAACAGGUGCACUGAGAGCACCAAAUGUUGCCUGUGGACCUGCCAAAUCUACGGGUACGAUGAAAUAUCGAAAGAGGGAUUCGGGGUAUGCCCCAUCCCCAUGGUUCCUUGGCCGCCAUUCGAUACCGACGCCUUCCCGUGGACAGCGCUUCGGAAAGUUGACCAAUUGCAGUAGACCAACUCGUAUGGCUACAAAAGGACCCCUGGAUGACUUGAUUGUGUAUUAGUAAAUGGAUCAUUUGGAAAACAACAUUUAGAAUAUUAA